CCGAACGAGCUAAGAACUACUGUAGUACCGCCCUAUACACCAAAAACAUCUUCGAUUCUUUCUCACAGCGCACGGCGAGCAAGAUCGAGCUUUGCUAGCUAGCGGCGCAAAGCCUACCUGUGCAAUUGCAUGCCGUGGUGAGCAGGAGCAAGCGCCAGACUGGGGCCGGCAACCAUGCCUGCAUCGACCCUGUUUCCGUGGCUCUUACUGCUGACCGUUGUGUCGCUUGCCGCGGCGGACGGCGGCGACGCCGACGGGUCUACGGUCACCGGGCAGAUCCGCGUGAGCUGCGGCGCGUCCGCCUCUGCCACCGACGGGGACGGCCGGACGUGGGACGGCGACGACGCCGUCUCCGGCGUCGCGGCCGGCGCGUCGUACCAGGACCCCUCGCUCCCUUCCACCGUGCCGUACAUGACGGCGCGCGUGUUCGCCUCCAGCUACACCUACUCCUUCCCCGUCAAGCCCGGCCGCGUGUUCCUCCGCCUCUACUUCUACCCGUCCACCUACGGCAACCUCAGCGCCGCCGCCGACGCGCUGUUCGGCGUCACCGCCGGCGGCAUCGCGCUCCUGCGUGACUUCAACGCGUCCCAGACAACGCUCGCGCUCGGCUGCGCCUACGUCGUCCGGGAGUUCUCGUUGAACGUCAGCUCCGGCGCCACGAGCCUCAACGUCACCUUCGCCCCCUCGUCGCGCCAGCCGCCCGGGGGAGCCUCCGGCUCCCACUACUACGCGUUCGUGAACGGCAUCGAGAUCGUGCCCACGCCGGACGUGUUCACGGCGCCGGUGCCCACCUUCGCCAACGGCGGGCGCCCGAGCCUGGCACCCCUCCGAGGCGACACGGCCUUCCAGACCAUGUACCGCCUCAACGUCGGUGGCACGGCCAUCACCCCGGGAGCCGACUCCGGCGGCUUCUACCGCACGUGGGACAACGACGCGCCCUACAUCUUCGGCGCGGCCUUCGGGGUGACCUUCGAGAAGGACAGCAACGUCAGCAUCCAGUACAACCCGCCGUCCGUGCCGCCUUACGCCGCGCCGGAGGGCGUCUACGCGACGGCGAGGUCGAUGGGCCCCGUCGCGCAGAUCAACCUCAGCUACAACCUCACCUGGAUCCUCCCCGUCGACGCCGGCUUCUACUACCUCCUCAGGUUCCACUUCUGCGAGAUCCAGUACCCGAUAACAAAGGUGAACCAGAGGUCAUUCUUCAUCUACAUCAACAACCAGACGGCGCAGGAGCAGAUGGACGUGAUAGUGUGGAGCGGAGGGAUCGGCAGGGCGGUGUACACCGACUACCUCAUCGUCACCGCGGUGGACUCCGGCCAGACGGACCUGUGGGUGGCGCUGCACCCGGACCUCAGCUCCAAGCCGGAGUACUACGACGCCAUACUCAACGGCCUCGAGGUGUUCAAGCUCCACAAGUACGGCUUCAACACCCUGGCCGGGCCCAACCCGCCGAUCCCACCAAAGAAGAUAAACACGGUGGACGGAAGCAGACCGGAGUCCAGGAAGAAGAGCGUCGUCUAUGCCGCCGUCGGGGGUGUGGCCGCCGGUUGCCUCCUCGCAGUCUUGGUUGCCUGCCUCUUCGCGUACGCGAUUCGCGGGAGACGGAGGAAGGCCGAGGCGGAUCAACCGGCUGAUGGGCUUUUUGGCCCAACAAAAAGCUCAACCCAUUUUGACCCGGUCCAAAAAUAAACGGGCCAUUUUUAAGCGUUUGGGCUUAUAGGUAUGCUCAAAUUGGGCCGAUAAGAAAGAAUUCAAAUGGACCCAAAUUGUCACUCCCUCCAGUUUUGAAGUACUAUACGGCAUCGUUGAUUUUUUUUUAAAUAACUGGCUAUAGUGAAUGAAUUACUUAGUUAAUUAAAGGGAAAAUAAACGGUAUCUGUAGAUUUGUAAUCAAAAUUACAUUUAGUAUGUCUAAUAUGCUAGUAUAUGUUUGUCUAUUUGCAAGAGUACUUUUUAGGAAAAAUGAAUUUUAAAUGACAACAUUGUCGUACGUUAUUAUGCCCAUUUAUACUUCACUGGUGACGACCCAAUUAAAGUUAUAUAGGGGAUUGCUUGGGUUUUUCAUGUAAAA